GGUGGUGAAAUGCAUCAGCUGUAACAACACAUUCUCUCCAUGUUUAAUGUCGUGGUAGCUUCCAAUGAGUCCAACUUUUCCAGACAUUACUCAGAGAUUAACAGCUGUUGCAGAACCCAAGAUCUCACGAGCUCUCCAAAAAAAAAACACUAAUCCCCAUAUUUUUAGUAUUCGCGUCAUCAUGACAAUCUUCUCUCCAUCAUCAGUAUUGCUCAUAUAAUACAAGCUCUCUGUCUCUCUCCCUUCCCCCGCUUCUCUCUCCCCCAUCUCCUCACAUUGUCACCUUUCCUAGCUAAUUCUCUUUCAGAUAGUGGAAAUGACAGAAAACUAGGAGAUGAAGAGACUGCUAUACUGAAGAACAGAAUGAAGUUGCAGUUGGGGAGUCAAAUACUUUUCUGCUUAAUUUACUGUUCCAUUGGUUUUUCUUUUGGUUUUGCUAGAGGAAUUGAGCAAAGUGUGUUGAAUGGAGAAGUGUUUGCUUUGCUUUCAAUAAAAGCAAGUCUUAUCGAUCCAUUGGAUCGACUAAGAGACUGGAAGCUAUCAAAUGUCUCAGGUGGUACUACAAAUUACUCUGCUUACUGUAAUUGGGCAGGAGUUGUUUGCAACUCUAAAGGAGCUGUUGAGAGGCUCGAUCUCUCCCACAUGAACCUCAGCGGCCGCGUAUCCGAUGACAUCCACAAGUUACAAAGUCUCGCUUCGCUGAACUUAUGCUGCAAUGGGUUGUCCUCAUCAUUACCCAAAUCGAUAUCUGCCCUCCUAUCGCUCAAGAGCAUCGAUGUCAGCCAGAAUUUAUUCGCUGGUGACUUCCCAAUUGGUCUCGGGAGGGCUGCUGGACUACAAUUCAUAAAUGCUUCCAGCAACAGCUUCUUGGGGUUUCUUCCUGAGGAUCUUGGGAAUGCAACUUCACUGGAGAGUUUGGAUCUCCGAGGGAGUUUCUUCCAAGGCUCAAUCCCAAAAUCUUUGGGGAACUUGCAGAAUCUGAAAUUUCUUGGUCUUUCAGGGAACAAUCUCUCGGGCCAAAUUCCACAAGAGCUCGGACAGCUGUGGUCUCUGGAGAGUAUGAUACUUGGAUAUAAUAAUUUCCAAGGUGAAAUACCAGCAGAGUUUGGAAAUCUCACCAACCUCAAGUACCUUGAUCUAGCAAUUGGCAAUCUUGGUGGUGAGAUUCCAGCUGAAUUGGGAAGGCUGAAGCUGCUAGACACAGUUUUUUUGUACAAGAACAAUUUCGAAGGCAAAAUUCCUCCAGAAAUCGGCAACAUUACUUCGCUGUCGAUGCUAGACCUCUCUGAUAAUUUGUUGUCAGGGGAAAUACCAGAUGGGAUAGCGGAACUGAAGAAUUUACAGCUCUUGAAUCUCAUGUGCAACCAGUUGUCUGGGUCAAUUCCUUCCAGACUUGGACGGCUGACUCAGUUAGAGGAGCUCGAGCUGUGGAACAACUCAUUGUCCGGCCCUCUUCCGACCGAUCUUGGUCACAGUUCACCACUGCAGUGGUUGGACGUAUCGUCCAACUCACUUUCCGGUAAGAUCCCAGCAAGCUUGUGCAAUGGAGGCAAUCUCACCAAGCUCAUUCUGUUCAACAAUGCCUUCUCCGGUCCAAUUCCCACAAAAUUAUCGACAUGUUUCUCCCUGGUUCGUGUUCGAAUGCAGAACAAUCUUAUUUCUGGGACGAUUCCAACCGGCUUCGGGAAGCUUGGAAAGCUUCAGAGGCUGGAACUGGCCAAUAAUAGUCUCACUGGUGAAAUCCCUGAUGAUAUUGCCUCUUCUACUUCACUUCUUUUCAUUGACCUCUCACGAAACGGUCUCCAAUCUUCUCUUCCUUCCACCAUUCUUUCCAUUCCAAAUCUGCAGAACUUCAUGGCCUCAAAUAACAACUUAGGAGGUGAAAUUCCAGACCAGUUCCAGGACUGUCCUUCACUAUCUGUGCUUGAUCUCUCAUCAAACCAUAUUUCUGGAAUCAUUCCAGCAAGCAUUGCCUUAUGCGAGAGAUUAGUAAAUUUAAAUCUCCGUAACAACCACUUAACUGGGGAAAUUCCAAAGGCAAUUGCAAUGAUGCCCACAUUAGCCAUUCUUGAUUUAUCCAACAAUUCCCUCAGCGGUGGGAUCCCUGACAAUUUCGGAGACUCUCCAGCCUUGGAAAUGCUCAAUGUUUCAUACAACAGGCUGGAAGGUCUUGUGCCUGCAAAUGGCAUGCUUCGAACAAUAAAUCCAGAUGACCUCACAGGCAAUGCCGGUCUCUGUGGUAAUGUGCUCCCCCCUUGCGCCCAAUAUUCAGCAAGUGAAUCACGGCAAAAGAAAUUACACACGCAACACGUAGUUGCAGGAUGGGUCAUUGCAAUUUCGGUACUUUUAGCUACUGGGGUUGCAGCAUUUGGUGCCAGAUCCCUGUAUAGAAGGUGGCACUCAAAUGGGAGUUGCUUCGAGGAGAGGUUUGAAAUCAGCAAUGGGGAGUGGCCGUGGAGGUUAAUGGCAUUUCAGAGGAUUGGAUUCACAAGUAGUGACAUUUUAGCCAGCAUCAAGGAAUCAAAUGUGAUUGGCAUGGGAGCCACUGGGAUUGUCUACAAGGCCGAGAUACCAAGGUUAAACACAGUUGUAGCAGUUAAGAAGCUGUGGAGAGCAGGAACUGAUAUAGAGACCGGAAACAGCGAUGAUCUGGUCGGAGAGGUGAAUCUAUUGGGAAGGCUGAGGCAUCGGAACAUAGUAAGGUUAUUGGGAUUUCUUCAUAAUGAAGCCGAUGUGAUGAUUGUUUAUGAAUUUAUGCAAAGUGGAAACCUUGGAGAAGCCAUACAUGGCAAGCAAGCAAGAACUUUGCUAGUGGAUUGGGUAUCGAGAUAUAAUGUGGCAGUUGGCAUUGCACAAGGGCUUGCUUAUCUUCACCAUGAUUGUUAUCCACCCAUCAUCCAUCGGGAUAUUAAAUCGAAUAACAUACUACUCGAUGCAAAUCUUGAAGCAAGGGUAGCUGACUUUGGGUUGGCAAGAAUGAUGGUCAGGAAGAACGAGACGGUUUCCAUGGUGGCUGGAUCCUAUGGGUACAUUGCUCCUGAAUAUGGAUACACAUUGAAGGUAGAUCAAAAGAGCGACAUUUACAGCUUCGGUGUUGUUUUGCUGGAGCUUGUUACUGGAAAACAGCCACUGGAUCCUGAGUUCAGGGAAGCCAUUGACAUUGUCGAAUGGGUUCGAAGAAAGACUCGAGACAACAGGGCCUUGGAAGAAGCUCUAGACCCCAGUGUAGGAGGAAACUGUAAACAUGUGCAAGAAGAGAUGCUUUUAGUCCUUAGAAUAGCACUUCUCUGCACAGCUAAGCUCCCUAGAGACAGACCUUCCAUGAGGGACGUUAUAACAAUGCUCGGUGAGGCAAAACCUCGACGAAAAAGCAGUAGCAACAGCAGCUCUACUAACAAAGAGAAGCCAAUCUUUAGCUCAUCACCUGUAAAUGGCCUUCUGUAGGAACAGCAAUAUAAGUUCCCAUCUAGGCUCUCAUUUUGUUUAAAUAAUACUUCAUCUUGUUUUGAUCUCGCUGCAAGUGCUCCCCAUUCUUUCUUUUCAUUUAUGUAGUCUUCUUUGACUCUCUCUGUAAUCUUUGUAUCAAGUUUUUGUUCAGCAAUUGAUGGCUAUAAAAUUUGAAUUUUUUUCUGCAAA